AUGACAGAUGAGUUUCUGUUUCAAGACAAGAAGAACAAUACUGUCUGUAUAAAUCCAACAAAAGGAACUUUAAACGAGAAACCUAUAAAUGAACUUCUUUUGAAAGCAGAUGUUGACAACAAAGCUGACAAAGAAUAUGUAGACGAUGCAAUAGCAAAAGAAGAAGAAAGAGCUAACAAUGCUUAUGCAACAAAAGAACAUACUCAUCCUGAACUAGCAGACAAAAAAUAUGUUGACAAUAAAAUGUCAAGUGAAGUGACAAGAGCUGAAAACGAAUAUUCUAAAAAGACUCAUACACAUUCUAUAUCUGAAAUAACAGACUUAAACGUUAGCCUUGAAAAGAAAGCGGAUAAGGAAUAUGUGGCUAGUAAGUUAGAGAAGAAAGCAGAUAAGGAAUAUGUGGAUGAAAAAGAUAACGAAAUGAAAGAAAGGGUUGACUGGUACCAUGAAUGGACAUCGAAGAUUUUAAAAACUAAAGCCGAUACAGGAUGGGUUUCAGGAUGUUUAGACCUUAAAGCAGAUAAAACUUAUGUUAACGAUGAGUUAGAGAAGAAAGCAAAUAAGACUCAUACACAUACAAGUUUUACAACUGUUGCUAUAGAAAGUAUUGAAGGAACGGUUGAAGAAACUGGUGGGGAUGCAUUAUAUUGUAAACCUCCUAACUUUCCACAAGGUUUAACAUCGGAUGACGACAUAACGACGAUGAGAAACAUUAGAUGUAAAGAUGUUUAUGUCAUGAAGGAUGAACAUAAUAUUAAAUUCACUGCUCAAGAUUUAUAUGACAAGAAAGCAGACAAAACAGAGCUUCAAACAUUAAAGACAGAAAUGCUUCAAACAUUAUAUCCUAUAGGCUCUAUUUAUACGUCAAUGAACUCUACCAGACCAGAAGUAGUACUUGGUUUUGGAACUUGGACUCAAAUAGUCGACAGGUUUUUGUAUUGUGCAAACUCUUCAAAGGAAACAGGUGGAAGUAAAACGAUUUCAGGUGAAAAUUUACCUGCACACAGUCACUACAUAGAUUUAAGUACAUCUCAAGCAGGUUGGCAUAAGCAUAAAUUUUGGGAUUGGUCGGCAAUGACAAAAGGUAAAGGAUAUGAUGUUAAAGACAACGUUCA